AUGGAGGAGGAGGGAGAGAAACAGAAGAGAUAUAACAAGUAUGACUCAGUAGAGGAAGCUGAGACUGAGCAGCCGCAGGAAAAAGAAAUACCGCCACUUUGCCUGGGCCUGGAGCCACAGGAGACCCUUCCAAAGGUGAGGAAUGUUCUGGAACAAUGCAAGGCCUGCCCAGGCUGCCCCCAGGAGCCAGCGUCCUGGGGUCUCUGUGCGCCAUCCAGCAACGUGAGCUUGCAGGACCCCAAGGAGCCCUCCUUCUACUUGGAAGCUGAAGACGACUGGGAGGAUUCAGAGUCCCUGAGCUCACGGCUGCUGUUCCUGAACACCUCCGGAUACAAGGCCAGCUUCCGUGGCCUUUACAACGUGGUGCUGCCAUGGCUGAGCGGCAUGUUCUGCAGCUUUAGCGACGAGGAGGAGCUGACUGGGCGCCUGGCACAGGCCCGAGGGGCGGCCAAGAAAGCUGGCCUCCUCCUGGCCCUGGCCAGGCUCUGCUUCCUCCUGGGGCAGCUGUGCUGCAGGAGGCUCAAGCUGUCCCAGGCCCGGGUGUACUUUGACGAAACACUGGGGACCCUGGAGGGCAGCUUCAGGGACCUGUUCCAGGUGGUGGCUGUGUACGCCAACCAGACCAGCAUUUACCGGAAGCAGAACGGGGAGAACUGUACACAGGUGGUUCCCAAAGCCAUGGCCCUGCUCCUGGGGAUGCCCGGCCACAUCUGCAGCACCGAGGCGGACGGGGAGCUCCUGCAGCUGGCGCUGCAGUGGGUGGUGUGUGGCCAGAGCCUGCAGGCCAAGGUCCGGGCCUGCUUCCUGCUGGCCAGGCACCACGUGCACCUCAAGCAGCCCGAGGAGGCUCUGUACUUCCUAGAGCGGCUGUUGCUUUUGCACAGGGACUCAGGAGCCCCAGACACUGCGUGGCUCUCAGACUGCUCCCUGCUCCUGGCUGACAUCUACAGCCACAAGUGCCUGCCCCACCUGGUGCUGAGCUGUGUCAAGGUGGCCUCAUUGAGGACACAGGACUCGCUGUCCAGCUCGCUGAGGAGCGUGAACCUGGUGCUCCAGAACGCCCUCCAGCCCCACAGCCUCCCCACCCAGACUUCCCACUACCUCACGCGAGCGCUGGCCUCCCUAACCCCGGGCACAGGCCAGGCUCUGCGUGGCCUUCUCCAUGCCAGCCUGACCCAGCCGUACAGCCACCAUGGCUACCACGGUCCGGCCAUCAUCUUCAUGACGCAGGUGGUGGAAGCCAGUGCUGUUGCCGGAGUCUGUGCCAUCGUGGACACCCUGGUGGCCCUGGCCUGCCUGCAUGUGCUUCAUGGGCAGAGCCUGGUGGCCUUGAACAUCCUGCAGUGUGUCCAGGAUGCAGUGGUGGCCAGCGAGGACCAGGAAGGUGUGAUUGCCAACAUGGUGGCCGUGGCUCUGAAGAGGACGGGCUGGACAAGGCAGGCAGCCGAGGGCUACUACCGCGCCCUAUGGGUGGUUUGGGACCUGGGCCAGCGGAGGAACCAGGCAGUGGUGCUGGCCAACUUCGGGACCCUGUGCUUGCACGCGGGUGCCAGCAGGCUGGCCCAGCACUACCUCCUGGAGGCCGCGCGUCUGUUCUCGAGGCUUCCCUGAUUGGAGUGUGGCCGGGACUUCACCCACGUACUCCAGCAGCUGGGUCACCUCUGCAACCGCCAGGGCCUGGCCCAGCAGUGCAAGGGCUACUAUGAAUGGGCCCUUCUGGUCGCCGUGGAGAUGGACCACGUGGAGAGCCAGCUGCGGGCCGUCCAGUGGCUGUGCUACUUCUACAGCGUCUUCAUGCCCAGCGAGGCCCAGUGUGUCAUCUACCACGAGUUCCAGCUCUACCUGGCCCGCAAGGUGACCGACAAGGUGCUAGUUCUGGCAAAGCCAGUCACCUGCCCAAGGCAGACGGUAGCCUGAAGCUGAUGCUACGGAGAGACUGGGGCCUUCAGUCCAACAGCCUGCAAGCAAUAGAAUUCUGCCAGCAACACAGAAGUGAGCGUGGAAGCAGCUCCUCCCCUGAUGAGCCUGAGCCUUCAGAAGACAUGGCAGCCCUGAGCAGACACCUGCUGCAGCCGCAGAGAGCCCCUGGGGUAGAGGGCCCAGUGAAGCCUGCACUCCUGGCCCAAGGAGUAAUCAUUCCUGGGGUAUAACUGUGUGCUGGUGUGGGCCACAGUUUGGAGUCAUCUGUCAGGGGACAAUAAAGAACAAACACACCCCUCAGGUCCUACUGGCUAGAAACUGUAGGAUCAGCACGGCAUGUAAUGUCUGUCAGGCCUCUGAGCCCAAGCCAAGCCAUAGCAUUCCCUGUGACUUGCAAGUAUACGCCCAGAUGGCCUGAAGUAACUGAAGAAUCACAAAAGAAUUGCAAAUGCCCUCCCUCGCCUUAACUGAUGACAUUCCACCACAAAAGAAGUGAAA